AUGUCGCCGCCCAUGAUUGAGUUCCUGCAGGACCGUCUCUAUCUCAGCGCCUUUGAUGCGCCGCCGUCCAAGGAGAAACACCCGCACUUGCGCUUCUUUACGGUAGACGACCUCCUUGUUUACCAUGCCUUCCACAUGGACUUUGGACCGCUGCAUAUCGGUCAUCUCUAUCGCUUCGCCAUCAUUCUGCAUGAAAUUCUAUCUGACCCCGACAUGUCUGCAAAACCCAUCGUCUUUUACUCCCGCACAGAUGCACGGUCACGAGCGAAUGCAGCCUGUCUUCUAGCUUGCUACAUGGUCCUUGUACAAAACUGGCCCCCUCAUCUAGCCAUUGCGCCGCUAGCACAAUCCGAACCACCAUUUAUGGCCUUUCGCGACGCAGGCUAUAGUCAAGCGGAUUUCUGCCUCUCCAUUCAAGAUUUCGUGUAUGGUCUUUGGCGGGCAAAAGAAGCGGAGAUUAUUGACAUCAAGACAUUUGAUUUGGAGGAGUAUGAGUAUUACGAGCUUGUGGAUAAAGGUGACUUCAAUUGGGUCUGUCCGCGCUUCAUUGCAUUUGCUAGUCCUGUGCAGAGUGGGUAUACCACAAAAGCCAACCCAUUCAAAAAAGCACAAGCUGUGUCGGCGACGUUUCAACAUGUACUGGAUUACUUCUCCUCACACAGCGUAGGGAUGGUGUUUCGGCUCAACUCGCACUUGUAUGACAAGAGUCACUUUGAGAAGCAAGAAAUUGAGCAUAUCGACAUGUUCUUUGAAGAUGGUACAUGCCCUGAACUUGAUGUUGUCAAGACAUUCAUUGGGCUGACGGAGGAGAUGGCGGAACAAGACAAAGUGGUUGCUGUACACUGUAAAGCGGGACUCGGCCGCACGGGCUGCUUGAUUGGCGCGUAUCUCAUUUACAAGCACCGGUUCACUGCCAAUGAGGUGAUUGCGUAUAUGCGCAUCAUGAGACCCGGUAUGGUUGUUGGUCCUCAACAGCACUGGCUUCACAUCAAUCAGCAUCAUUUCACAGAAUGGUCCUAUACGGGUGCCAUCAAGAAGCGACAACCGCAGUCUGCUGUGUUUUGCACACCACCGAGACCUGUACUUGGUUCACUCGAUGACAAUACCACUGAAGCACGUGUCUUUGAAAAGGGCGAGCGUGCAGAGAUGUUGCCUGCACCGACGCCUGGACAACCGAGAAAGGCACCGAUGGGCCGUUUGCAGGUUGUCAACAAUGAGAAUACGGUGGAUGAGCUAGCUGAGCCAACAGACAAAAUUUCACCGAGACAAGCUUCAGGGCGGUAUGGUGAGCUUGGGAAAGCCGUUGCUGGUCGUAUUGCAUCGAGGGAGUCACCACGACGGAAGGUAUCACGGGAUGUAGCAGUGACGCCGCGUAGCGUUUCGACAAGUUCGACUGUGGGCGGCGGUGUGCGCAAGUCGAGUGGCAAGCAGAAGCGCCUGUAG